UUCAUAUCUUUGGUCAAUCUUCUUGUAGUGUCUCAUGGUAAUAAAAAUGUCCAACACAUUUCAAAGAUCACUGCAAUCACAUGUAUGGUGAUCUUUGAGCUCCCUUUAUUUUCAUUUGCACAAAAAGAGGGAAAAGUAAUACAGAAGAUUUGGAACUAACAAUGAAGUCAGUCAAUAUCUUGAAUGUUCUCUUGUUAGCAGGAAGUUUACUCCCUGCAGGGCUGUGUGAGACACAUCAUGAAGUUUACAAGCUGAAAAUGGAUGAGGCAUUGAUAAAAUUCCAUAAUGAACUUCCGUACAACAUUAGUGUUUACUACACCUCGGAUUACUGUUAUAAGUGCCUUUACCAGCCUCUUGCCACUCUUGGGAUUGGGCAGAGCAACAUUUCUGUGAUUGUAAGCACACAAUUUACAUUGACUCUACAAAUCACAUCAGUAGUUGGAACCGCCAAUCUUUGCAGUCUGAGUCAUACAUUUGAGGAAGCUGGCCAUUAUUCUCUGUGGAUGAGGAAGCAGGGCUUGCUAAAGGAUGUAACCUGUUCUGUCACUGUGGACAGGAGUCCAAAUAACGCAUACCUGCCUUCCAGAAACUGGGAAUAUGACACAUCUCCGCUUCCUGUUUUACACCUUCCCCUCAGCAGUCAGUCAGUGUCAUGGAGGACGGCCUCUGGCAGCCGAUAUGAUCCAUUCCAUCAUGCCCUGUGA